AUCUAUUUCUAUACGUAAUCUAUAAUGUCAUAAUAUUUAUCCAGUUGUUUUCAAGGUCGUAUACCUAUUACAGUAGUUGUCAAAUUGAAUCAAUAGUCACAGAAUCAAUAGAGAGAUUGUCAAGUUAAUAAAAAAUACAUAACUAGUCACCAAUGUUUGUUACGAGGUCAACAAUUAUCCGAGGUAUUGCUGCAUUCAAUAAGCAGUCUUUGACCCGAGCGCUGCACACUACUCCAUUAGCCAUGGCACCGAUAAAGGUUGGUGAUCCGCUACCGUCUGUGGAUCUGUUUGAGGAUUCGCCGGCGAAUAAAGUAAACAUUUCCGAUUUGACUGCCGGCAAGAAAGUUGUAUUGUUUGCUGUACCCGGCGCUUUCACACCUGGCUGCUCUAAGACUCACCUGCCGGGAUAUGUUCAGAGUGCUGACAAAUUAAGGACAGAAGGUGUCGCGGAGAUCGUUUGUGUGUCUGUCAACGAUCCUUAUGUGAUGGCUGCAUGGGGCACACAGCAUAACACUAAAGGAAAGGUUCGCAUGCUUGCAGAUCCAAGUGGGAAUUUUAUUAAAGCUCUUGACUUAGGCACCAACUUGCCUCCUUUAGGCGGUUUCAGAUCGAAACGCUUCUCUAUGGUGAUCAACAAUAGUAAAGUAGAAGAACUGAAUGUAGAGCCUGACGGUACGGGCCUGUCCUGUUCCCUUGCGGAUAAAAUCAAGAUCAAGAAGUAAAUCUCGUUAAUUUAAGACCUGUUGUGAAUAUGUAUGCUUUACACAGACCAUAGACUGUCGGAGCACACCUUGUGAUAUGAUGAAUCAAUUUAUAUUAGAAUUUUAUUGGACCUCACACAAAA